UGCGGAAUGUAUUCCGUGGAAAUCCCCAGUGAGUAGCUGAUGGAAGUCCGAUGCAGGGUCUAACUACGCAGCAGAGAUGAAGCGACAACUAAACCAUCCUGAAGCUGUUUGUGAAGAGGAAGAAAGGAGGCUGGUGUGAGGAAGCUGACCAUGGCUUCUCUUUAAAGUGGUAUGGACACUUUUCUUGGAUGGAAUACAGUGGAAAUAAGGACGAGCUCUUUUGCAGCAUAUGACAUUUCCCCAGCGGAGCUGAUAGCCCAACAGCCAGAGAGGAGUGUGUUUGAGUGCUCGCCCUCACAGAGACUGACUUCAGAUCAGAAGAUGAGUGAUUUGGAGGAAGAGGAGGACGGAGCAGAGUCUGUAGUAUCUGGCUGUCAGUCUAUGAAGAGUGACCGGUCCAGAGUUCAGCCUCUAUACUUCAGUAAAGAACCUGGACCCUCAGACACAAAGCUGACUUCAGAUCAGAAGAUGAGUGAUUUGGAGGAAGAGGAGGACGGAGCAGAGUCUGUAGUAUCUGGCUGUCAGUCUAUGAAGAGUGACCGGUCCAGAGUUCAGCCUCUAUACUUCAGUAAAGAACCUGGACCCUCAGACACAAAGAAGAGGAGUGAUGUUUCUGAGGAGGAGCAGCCGCCCAGAACCAGAACUGGACUACAGACAGACAGAAGGACCAGCACUGAACAAAUGAUCGAUAUUCGGCAUAUACAUCAGAUCAGAGUGAAGGGGACAUAUGAACGUGUGACUGAAGGAGCUGAUCAAACAGGAAGUGGAACCCCCCUCAACAGGAUCUACACUGUGCUCUACAUCACUGAUGAACUGAGUGAAGAAGUUAAUACCCAACAUGAGGUGAGGCAGCUUGAGACAGCUUCCAAGAUGAAGACCCUCCAUGACUCUCCAAUCAAGUGCAGCGACAUCUUUAAAGCCUUACCUGACCAACAGAAACACAUCAGAGUCGUUAUGACGAUCGGUGUCGCUGGCGUUGGAAAAACCUUCUCAGUGCAGAAGUUCUGUCUGGACUGGGCCGAGGGUUUGGAAAACCAAGAUGUGGAUCUGGUGAUUCCUCUUUCCUUCAGGGAGCUGAACUUGAUCAAAGAUGAGCAGUACAGUCUUCUGGAGCUGCUCCGUGUUUUCCAUCCAGCAUUACAGGAGGUCACAGCAGAGCAGCUCGCUGGCUCUAAAGUUCUCUUCAUCUUUGACGGCCUGGAUGAAAGCAGACUUUACCUGGAUUUCAACAACAAUGAGGCUGUUUCUGAUGUCACACAGAAGUCAUCGGUCAACGUGCUGUUGACAAACCUCAUCCAGGGGAAGCUGCUUCCCUCGACUCUCGUCUGGAUAACUUCCCGACCUGCAGCAGCCAAUCAGAUCCCUCCUGCGUGUGUUGACAGGGUAACAGAAGUACGAGGCUUCACUGCACGACGGAAGGAGGAGUACUUCAGGAAGAGAGUCAGUGAUGAAGAGCUGUCCAGCAGAAUCAUCUCCCACAUCAAGACCUCCAGGAGCCUCCACAUCAUGUGUCUGAUUCCAGUCUUCUGCUGGAUCACUGCUACAGUUCUGGACCACAUGUUGACUACAGACCAGAGAGGAGAGCUGCCCAAGACCCUAACUGACAUGUACUCACACUUCCUGCUGGUUCAGACAAAGAGGAAGAAGCUCAAGUAUGCUGAGGGACAUGAGACGAGUCCACAGGAGCUGACGGAGGCUGACAGGGAAGUUCUUCUGAAGCUGGGGAGGCUGGCGUUUGAACAGCUGGAGAAAGGAAACAUCAUGUUCUACCAAGAAGACCUGGAGCGCUGUGGUCUGGAUGUCACAGAGGCCUCGCUGUACUCAGGAGUUUGUUCAGAGAUCUUCAAAAAAGAGAGUGUGAUCUUCCAGAAAACAGUCUACUGCUUCGUUCAUCUGAGCGUUCAGGAGUUUCUGGCUGCAGUCUACCUGUUCCACUGUUACACCAACAGGAACACACAGGUAAUGGAGGACUUCCUGGGGAAGAUUUCUAUGGAUGUCUUCCUGAAGAAAGCCAUGAAGAAAUCUCUUGAAAGUAAAAAUGGCCACCUGGACCUGUUUGUCCGCUUCCUUCAUGGCCUCUCUCUGGAGUCCAACCAGAGACUCUUAGGAGGCCUGCUGGAUCAGACAGACAACAGUCCAGAAAUCAUCCAGAGAGCCAUCAACAACCUGAAGAAGAUGAAUACUGAUAAGAUCUCUCCUGACAGAAGCAUCAACAUCUUCCAUUGUCUGACGGAGAUGAACGACCACUCAGUCAAUCAAGAGAUCCAAGAGUUCCUGAAGUCAGAGAACAGAUCAGAGAAGAGACUCUCUGUGAUCCACUGCUCAGCUCUGUCCUACAUGCUGCAGAUGUCAGAGGAGGUUCUGGAUGAGUUGGACCUGAGUCAGUACAACACAACAGUGGAGGGACGACUGAGACUGAUUCCAGCUGUGAGGAACUGCAGAAAGGCUCGACUCACUGGAUGUGAACUCUCAGAGGCCCACUGUGAAGUUGUGGCCUCAGCUCUGAAGUCCAACCCCUCUACUCUGAGAGAGCUGGACUUGAGUCAGAACAAGCUGGAGGAUUCAGACGUGAAGCUUCUGUGUGCUGGACUGGCAACUCCAAACUGUGGACUGGAGACUCUAAGAAUGCAGUGGUGCAGUUUGUCAGAGAUCAGCUGUGCUUCUCUGGCCUCAGCUCUGUCGUCUAACCCCUCCCAUCUGAGAGAGCUGGAGCUAGAUGGAAACGAGUUGCAGAAUUCAAGAGUGAAGCAGCUUUGUAGUUUUCUGGAGAAUCCACACUGUCGACUGGAGACUCUAAGAUUGAGGAGCUGCAGAUUGUCAGAGAUCAGCUGUGCUUCUCUGGUCUCAGCUCUGAAGUCCAACCCCUCCCAUCUGAAAGAGCUGGACCUGAGGGACAACCACCUGAAGGAGUCAGACGUGAAGCAGCUGUGUGAUCUGAAGGAGAGUCCAGACUGUAGACUGGAGACUCUGAAAUGGUGAUCUCUGUCAGAGUGAUCAGAAAGUUUGAUGUGUUGAGACACCAUGUGGAGUCCUCCAUCAUCCCUGUGUGUUCCUCUGGAUAUGACAGAGUACCAUCAGUGUAUCUGGACUGCUCUGCUGCUGCUCUGUCCUUCUACACAGUCUCUGCAGACACACUGAGACUCCUCCUGCUCCACCCUCCAUCUGGACAAGAAGAAAAAGAAGAUAAAACCUGUAAAAAGUGUAGAUUUAAUCCAAGUUCCACUGAAGUCUAUAAACUGAAAACACGAUUCUGUCUCUUGUUUUUGUAAAAAACUGUGACUUUAAUAAGAUGAUAAUGGCUAGGGUGGUGGUUUUUGAGAAAAUGUCAAACGGUUUGCCAGAUUGGAUGUCUGCACUAGAAAAUGGUGAAAGUAUCUGAACUUUCUGGAGGUCUCCUAAGAAGCUUUGUGCUGGGGAGAGACCUGUAUGAUGGGCUUAUGGUGUUGUCAUUUAUACUUAUGUUUAUUUGGUUUAUUGUCUAUUUUGGUGAAUGAUCUGAGUAGCUUUUAGUCUCAGAAAUAUGUUCUUUAUUUACCAAAAAAUAACAUAAAGCUUUAAACUUUACUGUCGUAAGUGCCAUGUCGUCAUGUACAUGUUUAUCAGGGCUGGGUGUUCUAUAUUUACUAACCAAAGAAUAAGCCAUUCACAGUACCGUAUGCUGUAAAACAUUGAAAAAAAAUGUAAAGUGCACACACACUAAAUUGCACAUUUGUGCCUCAGCUGAACUUUUAGCAUAAUGUAAACAAUACACAACUCUCUGUGCUGUAUUAAUUAACUAACACCUUGUUUGGUCAAGUGUAGACUCCGUACAAAGAGAAAAGACGCUUGUGUAAAUCAUUUAUAUACAAUACUUGAUAUGAUAAUUUAUUAUAUUGGGGAUAAUAUUAUAUUUCAUUGAUUUUUCUACCAAGGCCCAAGUUAUAUGUUCUGUUUUUAUAUUUUCAUCUUAUAUUGCGACAGUUUGUAUUAUUCCAGAAAAAAUUAAACUUUUUAUUCAAA